AUGGAUAUUGACCGCGGACCUUGGUCAUCAUCCGUCGACAUCUUCCGAGCAGUUGGCGAACGUGAACUAACCUGGGCCAAAGCCUAUGCAAAGCCUCGCUUGCCCUAUGAGCGCCUUUAUAGGGAGAUUUACAAAUUCAAACGUGUCUCACCAGACACCCACGUUACAGAUCUUGUCAAUUACCUUGAGAUGGUAUCCAGUUUACGAUAUUGCAAUCCAUCCUUGGAUCGACCAGUCAUGCGCCACCCCGACCUACAGCCAAACAAUAUCCUCGUGUCUGACACGAAUGAAAUAACUGGCCUCAUAGACUGGCAGCAUUGUGCGAUUCUCCCUCUCGGUAUCGUUGCUGGAAUUCCGGCUCACUUCCAGAAUUACGGCGAUCCAGAGUCAGAAAUGCUCAAACAACCUCAGCUUGAUCUGCCCUCUGACUACAAUUCCAUGACACCGUCCGAGCAGAAUUCAGUUAAGGAAAUCAAUCGCAGAAGAGUGAUACAUUUCCUGUACGCCGCCCUAACUAAAAGGCUAAAUCAAGAUCAUUAUAAUGUUAUCUUCGACCAGUCACUUAUACUCCGCCAGCGCCUUCUCCAGAGUGCCGGUAGACCCUGGGAGGGAGACUCAGUAUCACUGCGUGCUGAGCUCAUUCGCUCGAUAUUGAACUGGUUGGCGAUCGUCCAGAUUAAUAAAGUUGCUCCGCCGGUGGACUAUCCAGAAGAUGUUGUCCAGGAGACUGUUGACUUGAAUGCGCAGCAGAGAGAGGCUGAUGUGGCAAUGGAACAGAUGCGACAUGCUUUAGGGGUCUAA